AUGCCGCAAGCGAUCUUAAAUAUGACCGAAGGCCUGCCGGUGACAGAAAUAACACUGCACAGAGGAGAAACAGGCUUGGGUUUCAACAUCCGUGGAGGCACAGACAUCCCUCAUUUUAAGGAAGACACAGGCAUAUUUGUAACCAAGCUCAAGGAAGCUGGUGCUGCCUUCAGAGAUGGACGGCUCAAGGAAGGAGAUAAAAUAAUAGAGGUAAACGGGCACAGAAUUCAGUCAGUGACUCACAACGAGGCCGUGCAAAUAUUCAUUACGGCUGGAGAGACAGUCACUUUAAAAGUGCAGCACGGAGCUGAGGAGUUUAUAUUGAAGCAGCUUGAAGCACGGAAAGGAGUCGGCGGAGGAGGCAUCAUCCUUCUAAUUUUGCUGGGUCUGGCCGUGGCAGCAGGGAUCGGCUUUGUUGUCAUGAAUAACAAAAAAUGA